CCAUCCAUAUAUAUUCAAGUUUGUACUUUCAGAUAAACAAAGCAACUGCGUGUGACUAAAACUGACAGCAGAGUUAAGAGUCUCUCUGAGCAAGUUCUUCAUGUAUCACAAGCAUACAUGUAGGCUCUGUCUUUCCGUUGAGGAAGAGAAUAUGUAUCGACUUUUAUGUCCGGAUGGCAUUGUAGAGACAGUGCUCCAGGUCCUCACGAUGUCACGUACACCCGCUCUGAAAUUCUAAAGGGCGUGUCACUCCAAUUUAAGUAUAGUGCAGGGCGGACAUGGCCAUGGUUUGAGCAUUGUAGAAGAUCUUCCAUCUAAUAUCGCGACUACGACAGACGCUACGAGCAUUGGGUCACCUAUAGACAAAAUUCAACAUACAAUGAAUUUCAGGUGAAGAAACUUGUUCGACUGAUGGAGAAAAUUCUUAUGAACUACAUCAACCACGCAUCCGACUCGUGGUUGAUGUAGGCGGCACCAUGAAACGAAUUGGGUGCAUUACGAAAGGAUGUUAGCAUAUCUCAUUCAAAUAGAUGUUAACUAGAUGUUCCCAUGCCAUACAGAUCAAGAGAUUGUUUGCUUGUUUCGGGUUUGUUUGCUUGUUCCGGGUUUGUUGAUCGGAUAGGAAGAAGCAACAGAUCCCCUAGAAUAAAAUGAACAAUUGCGCGUCUUGCUUGCGUCCACUCUUGCACAGAUGAUUGCUUUCUGGCCUUCAAUUUAUGAAGAUUGUCAC